AUGCUUGAAGAAGAUAGCGACGCCGCCGCCUCUGCUUUUGGGGUGUUUCGGUUGGCGGUAAGAGCGGAAGCACGAGUAUUCAUUGGAGAUGCACAGCGAUAACGGGAUUGCGGAAUUCAGGAAAGUCUCGGUAACAAAAACGAGGUCUGUGGCAGUGGGUGAUAGAGAUUCGAAUAGGAAUUGCAGACGUUCGGCGGAGGCUAUCGAGCGCGCAUUUGUGAGGUAACAGUGAAGGAGUUCCACCGAAUUUUGGGGGAGAAGAUGCGGUUUUAGGGGGAAAGGUUUAUUUACAGGGAUUACGGAAUUCGUUGGAGAUGCCACAUUAUAGACUCGGACGGGAGGAAUAGGUGGUGGUGGGCGCUUGUGAUAGAUCAUGGGAUUGGGAAAAUGAGUGAGAGCAGAAGAAACAGCUCUUCAUAAACGAUAUUGGCGACUCAUUCGAAUCAAAGUUCCCACUUUACGCAGAUGACCUAAAACUUUGUUCAACUAACCCUGACUCUAUAAAUCGCGGUCUGGUAAAGCUUAACGAAUGGUGUGAAAGCUGGCAAAUGAAGGUAGCCCCCAACAAAUGUGAGGCAAUCUCUUUCUGUCCUUCUGAAAAAUCAACGUCUUCCGUGAAAAAAAUUGUCUUCCGUCUGCCGUCUUCCGGAUUUCAAAAUUCAAUUUCCGCUCAACUCUGGCGAGCACCCGAAACACGGCACCACCUACCGUCCGAGACUCUUCAACGAAGCGGCGGCCAAAUUGAGCGCUGAAGAGUUCGCGAAGCUCUACGCGCAACUGUUCACCGAUCUGAUCAACAAGAAGACACCCGAAGCGUACCAGGCGCACAACCCGUACUUGGACGUCGAGCUCUUGUUCUUCGAGUGCUAUGCGCAGACCGCUGAGAACUAUAGUGAGAUGAAGACAGGGAUUCAAUAGUUUCUAUCGUUUUGCAGAAAUGUUCCGCAAAUGGCUCGAACAGUUUGUGCUCUUCCACUCGGACCCCAAAAUCACGAUCAACAGUGCGAGAGGAGACGCCUCGAGUGCCGAAUUCCAGUUGCAUAUUGACGUGAAGACGAGAAUGGGACCGAGGAUGGUGUUUGAUAUGAAGUACAGUGCCACUUUGGAAGAGAGCGGAUGGAAGAUUCUGUUCAUUAAUCGAGAUAUUGGAUGCACCUAA